UCGCGUUUCAUUGGUCCCUUUAAUAAGGCAGAUUCAGGAUCUCAAGACUGAUCGCAAAAUAGCAAACCAAACAAGAGAGAAGUCCUUCCAAAACUUCGAGCCUUCUUCCCCAGAGUCCGAGAGCACUAGAGAAUCUACGCCCUCUGCUGGAUUAGUUGUCUACCCACCCACGAUACCAGCGACCUCGAAUACACCUAAAAUUGUUCACCUCGACCGAGAAAGCGGUGAGGCUCCUGCUGUCAUUGAGAUGCGAUGUUCUCUCCCAGGCCAUCGCCAGACCCUUUCGUUUACCUCGUUCGAAGAGUAUGAUGUACACUAUGCGAAGACACACGUCAACCGUUGUGUCGAGUGCAGAAAAAAUUUCCCCACGGAGCAUUUCUUGAACCUACAUAUCGAAGAAAACCAUGAUGCUUUAGUUAGUGUGAAGAGGGAGAGGGGAGAGAAGACCUACUCUUGCUUCGUGGAAGAUUGUGAUCGAAAGUGCUCAACUCCGCAGAAGCGACGGAUGCAUUUAAUCGACAAGCACAUGUUUCCCAAGGACUACGAUUUUUACAUUGUGAACGAUGGCAUCGAUCGUCGAAGCUCUAUGCUAAGAUCAGGAAAGCACCGAAGGAGGAGUUCAGCAGCCCAGCAUAUGACGGAGAUUGAGGAGAGAAGACGACGCAAUUCAAUCCUGGAAACAGUUCCAUCUGAGAAGCAAAAUGGCAGCGGUGAGACAGAGGCAAUGAAAGAAGAAAACCCAGAAACGCUUCCAGAGGGGCCAGAGGAUGUAGAUAUGGAUGUGCUAUCUGGAGCUAUGUCUGCAUUAAACUUUGUUCCUCCCAGCGUGAGGUUUGGUCGAGGCGGUGGUCGUGCAAGAGGGUUCAGCAGAAGCUGAGAAAUUUCUGAGUUACGAGAUAUGAAUUAUGAGAACGACUCACCUAAGAAAGUGGUGGUAGCCUUUUAAUCAAAUAAGGCCUCAUUGUGCCAUUUUAUUCGGGUAUCUGUGUCCAAAUCCAUCUAUGUCAAACUCCCAGACUCCUAUAACCCCAUUCCCGUAUGUACAAUCGGGCAUGGUUUUUUUAACAUUUCAAAAUAUUCCCAUCCG